UACUCCUCUGUAUUACGAACAGAGCUUUGAUUCCCGUAAUUUCAUAAGAAGCUUUUUAGUGCGAAGACUAACUUCAACUGUAGUCACGUAUGUAUAAAACAUACUUGUGAUGUGUAAGAUUUACUGCAUUAUUAAUUUGGUAGCCUUCCGAAUACCAAUUUUUUAAAAAAUAGUUAUAUUGUAGCUUAAGCUUAUUACUGAAACUUUAUCAACUCAUUACUGUAAUGGCAUUUGUGGAAAAAACAAACAAACAAAAUACAAAUAGAUAAGGUAAAAAUAGUAGAUAUAUAGGCCUAUAUAGAUAUCAAGAUAUAGGCAGACAAGUAAAUUAUACAAUAUGUGAGUUGGCUGGGGUUUUUUUUUUUUUCAAUCUAUCCAAGACAACAUUAUUUAAGGUACUCUUUUCUUUGUUUAAGACGUUAGGGUGUGGUUUGAGCGAGAUUCGACUGUUAUUUUUAGCAGGUCGAACAACGACGCAAAAGCUUCUUUCCCGGGAAUUUUUUGUCAUAUAUACAAUAAGAGACUGCCAAUUGGACCUGUUAUAAUUUGAAUAUUUAUUGAAGUUACAAUCAAUGACCAGCUUUCUUCAUGAGAAUUAUAUUGAAAUAUGGCUGAACAUAUAAGAAAUUGUGUUAAUAGCAUUUUCAAGAAGCAUAAACCAAAUGGAGAGCUGCCUAUACAUGACUGUAAUAAGGAGAACUGUAUCUGCAUUUUGGGUUAUGAUGAAAAGCAGAAGUUUUGUAUUGAAACAGAUGUUGCAUUAACUGUUGAAAAUAUUUGCAUACAAUGUGCAAAACAGCUUUCUAUUGUCUCCAACAAUAUCUAUUUGUUUGGUCUUGUGAAAACAGAUGGCAAAACUUGGCUGAACAUGGCAAAAACUCUGGAGCCUGGUGUAAAGAAUUCGAACAAAUACAUCUUCCGACUACGUUACUAUUCAUCAUCAAUUCUUCGAGAAAGUGAUUUAAUAAAUUAUUUACAUAAACAGUUUCGGAAUGAUUUCAGAAGUGGCAUUUACCCAUUUCAUGAAAAGGAUGAGCCUAAAAUUUUGGGAUUUGGCGUUACUGAUAUCACUAUUGAUUACAAUGAGAGAAACAAUGGUCCUUUUAGAAUGCCUAGCAAUUUAUGUCAGUUCUUUCCCAAACAAAUUUUCAAAAAUGUUAAAUGGCUUAAAAAAGUCUUGUUAAAGAAUAGAAUAGGAGAUGAAACUAGGAGGGAAGUAAUAAGAAUAAACUCCUUAGAAGGACUUCGUAAGACCUUUGUUGAGGGUGUGUAUAAUAUGUUCCGUGAUCAUAUGUGUAAAGAAACAUUUGAAUGCAGGAAUCUGAAUCAUCAAGUCACAGUAUCUGUCCAAAGAAAUGACAAUACUAAUGAAAUGUGUAUUGCCUUAGGAAAUAGUGCCUAUUUUAUAAGUAGUUUAAGAUGGAUUGAAAUCAAGUCUAAUAACAGUGUACAGUUGAACUUUAAACGAAGUCCACCAAUAGUGUUAUCCUUUGAUGAUGAAGAAUCAGCAGUGUCAUUUGUAUCAUGUAUAGAUGGAUAUUUUCGGCUUUCUUAUGACUUCUACAAUAGCUUAUGUGAACAAGUGGAGCCACCUAGUAUCAAAUAUAUGCGAGAACAUGGUUUCCAUGGAAAUAUUGACAAAAAAUACAUUACUGAUAUUCUUCGGAAAAAAUGUCAUCAACCUGGAUGUUAUCUCAUUCAAUGGAAUGUUGUCCACCCAUUUCUUUACCAUAUUGCUUGUUUUAACCCAAAAUUUAACAGCAGAAAUGCAAAUGAGGAAGAAAUAUUGUAUGAAACCAUUGAUUAUUCUCAAAAGAAAUAUAAAGAAGCAUUUCCUUCCAUUAUAAAUCUUUUGGAACAUAUCAAAAGUAGUAAAAUGAGCCAAAUGCUGAAACCUGAUAAAUUUGCGCUUUCAAAUCUGUUGCUAUGUAAACCUGAAAAUUAUACUGGAAUACAAGAAUCAGUGACAAAACACUCGCAACCUGAGAUAAUUUCUCAGUCAGAUAUUUUUUUCCAAACAGAACAAGCUCUUAUUGGAAGUGGUGUGUUCACUGAUGUAAAGGUUGGUAUUCAUAAAGGAAAUGGAAAUAAACCUGUGGUUGUUAAACAAUUGAAAGACUUCUCAGAUUCUCCUUACUAUUUACAGUUUUUCUUGAAUGCUAUUGAGGAUCAUUAUCUUCUGUCAAAGAAUCCAUCCUUUUUACAAAUGGAAGGAAUAAUUCUGAAGCCAAAAUGUGGUCUAGUAAUGGAAUAUGCAAAUCAUAAAAGCGUCAGUCAAUUUCUCUGCCGGAAUACUGAUGUUCGUGUUGGGUUGAUAUUGAAAAUGGCAGCUAAGGUCUCAGAUGGAUUGAUGUAUCUGCGGGGACAGAGUUUGGUUCAUGGUAACCUUCACUGUCGUAACUUAUUGUUGUGUACGAUGAGCCAAGUGAAAAUAGCUGAUGCGGGACUUGUCAAAGUUACAGAUCAUCUACCAUUAGAUAGCCAAGUUAACAACAUCAGAAAACCCUGGUUGGCACCUGAACUUCAAAGUAAUUUACAGAAACCCACCUGUGAAUCUGAUAUGUUUGCAUUUGGAAGUUGUCUUUGUGAGAUGUUAUGUUUUGAAUGCAAUCCUCCACAAGAAAACUUUCAAAGUCAAGCUAGCUGUGCACAUGUGUGCCGUUUGCUGAUUGAAUCCAAAACUGUCAGCAAGAAUGAUGGCAAUACCGAGCAGUUUGAUGCGAUCUACAAAGAAAUCCAUUCCUUAAUACUUAAGUGCCGUGCAAAAGGUAGUGAAUGCCGACCUAAACCAGGUGAUGUAAGCACAAUAUUACUGCAGUUGGCUGAUAAAUUGGGGAACACACCGGAAUUAAAGUACAGUGUUGAUGACGUUGAACUUGUCAAAGCAGUGCACAGCAGUGACGGUGCUCAAACUUUAUGUAAUCACAAAUGGACUAGACAUUUUUUGAAACCACCACCAAUCACCGAAGAGAUAAAACGCCUUUGUUCACAAGUUCCUAGAACCAACAAAUCCGUAGCAUUGCCCAAUCCACUGGAAAUAUUUAAAAAAGACAUGGCUAUGGACUUCGUUAUUGGACAGGGGGCAUUUGGUAAAGUCUGGAAAAUAACAUAUAAAAAGAAUGAUGAAAAAAAGACUGCGGCCUUUAAGGAAUUUCACCCCAAGAAUCAGCCAUCUUCUCUUAAGCUUAAUUUGGAAUUUAAAAUCCUUAUUGAAUUGCGUCAUGAAAGAAUUAUACAGAUAUAUGGAUUUUGCAAUGAUCCAUCCGGCAUUAUUUUGGAGUACAUCGAUGGUUCAGACCUAUCAAAAUGGCUUAAAUCAAAUAAGAGCACCAUGGUUAGCAUCAAAACAAUCCUGAUUGAAAUUGCUGAGGGAAUGCAUUAUCUGCAAUCAAAACAUAUUACUCAUCUGGAUUUAGCAGCUCGUAAUAUUUUACUUACUGUUGACACACAUGUGAAGAUUACUGAUUUUGGUUUGGCCAAACAAAUGGAUUCAGACGUGUAUAAAGUAAAAUCUGAACGCAGUCUCCCACUGUGCUGGUCUGCUCCUGAAGUUGUUAACAAUGAAAUCACAACUCAAGCUGAUGUUUGGAGUUAUGGUGUGCUGAUGUGGGAAUGUUUCUCCUCUGGAAAAUGGCCUGAACUACAUAACAUAAAAUUUGACAAAGAAAAAUACAAACGGGCAUGGCAGGAUGGGCAGCGUCUUCUUAAACCAGAAAAGUGUUCUGAAAAACAUUAUGAGCUUAUGAAAAUGUGUUGGGAAUAUAAGCCUCAAAAAAGACCAAACUUCGAUAGCAUUAUUCAAAGAUUAAAACCAAUGAAGUUUUGAAGUGUAUGCAUCUGCAUAUGUUAUUCAUGCAUGAGAAUGUGUGUGUGUGUGUGUGUAUGCAUGCGUGCGUGUACCAGUGUAAUUGUGUCAUGUUAUACUCCUAUAUCAAAAAGUGAUAAACCUUAUCUAUUUGAUAAACACAGUGUGAUAAUAUAAAAAGCGGACUGAAAAAUAUACUGAUAUAGAUACAAAUGAUUAAAAAUUCUUGUUGGUGAGUAACCCUGCAUUAUUAAAGUUUAAAGUUGGAAAACCAGUUUAUUAGGAAAUAUCAAAAAAAAAACAGAAAGAGAAAAAUCAUUUGGAAAUUCUGUAUAGAUGUGAAAGGAAAAAUUUC